AUGUUGGGUAUGGAUGGGAUUCGUCCGCGUCCUGCUGAGGUCUAUUCCAUGGUUUUGUUGUGCAAGAGUUUCGACCCUGGUGGUGGAUCUGUGGUCUGCCCUUGGUGGAGAUGUAGAUUGCACCACCGAGGAGUCUUGGUUUCGGUGGUGGUCAAUCGUGAUCUGGCCUUGCUGGAGAUUUGUAGAUUGAACCGGCCAGGGGAAUUAUGUCGAACUCUCCACAUUCUACUGGUACUGCUGGCCACUAUGUGUAGAACAAAGAGGCACCAAGCAAAGCCUAAAAGCAGAAAUGAGAAUAUAAUUGAGGAGAGCAAUGUUACCACCAAUAUUGGUCACAAUGCCAUUGGCUGCAAGAGACCAAAAAGAGAAGUUGCCCGUUCGAAUUUCAGUGAGAAGGCAUUUGACUUAUCUGAAGAAGAUUCACUUGUCACACCCAAGGAAAUCAGAAUUGAGGAGGAAACAGAGGCAGUUAGGUUGACAAGGUACAAGUUACGCCAACCAACGAAGCAGUAUGCGCCAUGGUGUGACACUCGUGCUUCAAAACUUUCUUUCGCUGAUGUUACCAAGAGAGUAGCAGAAUUUGAGAGAGGGCACCAUGCAUUCAUUUCAAAAGAUGCAACACUUGUUGAAAGAUAUGUUGUGGUGCAUGGACAGAUAAUCCUUCAACAGUUCGCAAAUUAUCCAGAUGAGUACAUUCGAUGGUGCGCCUUCAUCACAGGCCUUGUCAAGAAGAUGGAAGAAAGAGGUCACACGAAGCUAGCAAUGAAGAAGAAAUCUCAAGUUGUGAGAGGAGGGAAUCUGAACCCAAUUGCAAAAAUGACCCCAGUAUCAAAACAAAAUCUUAUGCGUGCGACAACCACAAAGUUGGUCAGCAGGAUAUGGGGUGAUUACUAUACAACCCAUUUCCCAGAGGAUUCAAAGGAGGGGGGUGAGAAUGAUGAGCAAAAGGUAUUUGAGGAGGAACAGGAAGAAAAUGAAGAAGAUGAUGCUGAAGGAGAGGUUGAAGUUGGCGAGGAACAUGUUUCGAGGACCUUGCCACCAACAAGGUCUAGAGUGACAUCAUUAGAUGUUUGUGAAGAAAUAAAAUGGGAAGGUCAAAUGGUUGGAAAAACACCUGCUGGAGAAGCUCUGUACAGAAGUGUUAGAGUUGGAGAUCUAAGUAUUCCUGUUGGUGGGGCAGUCACAUUGGAAGGUGAUUCAGGAGAAGCCAUUAUGUGUUCUGUUGAGUAUAUGUAUGAGACACAUGAUGGCACACAAAUGAUUCAUGGAAGAUUCAAAGUAGGUGACAUGAGAGAAUCAGUUACUGUCAACUUCCAGCUAAUUCCCUGGGGUCACAAGUGCAGAAAAGACCAGUUGGAAGCUAUUAGGGCGGAGAAGGCCAAUGCAGAGGAUAGGAAGAAGAAAGGUUUGCCGGUGGAGUAUAUCUGCAAAAGCCUAUACUGUCCUGAGAAAGGUGCCUUUUUCUCCCUCCCUUAUGAGAAAAUGGGUAAUGGAACUGGCACUUGUAGUUCCUGUGAGGAGCGAGUAGCGGUUGGUGAUGAAUUCAAAAUACUGUCAGAGACCAGCUUUGUCCUCAAGAAUGUCACAUACAAUGUUCAUGACUUCCUGUAUAUCAGGCCCGAGUUUUUCCCUCAAGUCGAGGGCCGUGGGACCUACCGGGCUGGAAGAAAUGUGCGCCUGAAGCCCUAUGUGGUAUGUCGUUUGCAGAGUGUCAAUGGUGCUUCAAGGUCUCAUAAAGCUAAUCUGAAAUCAACAAAAGUCAGUGUAAGAAGGCUAUACAGACCUGAUGAUAUUUCAUCGGAUAAAGCUUACUCUUCAGAUAUCAGAGAGGUGUACUACAGUGAAAAUAUAGUUAGUGUGCCUGUUGCGAUGAUAGAGGGAAAAUGUGAGGUUACAGCAAAGGAUGACCUUCCAAAUUCAAAUCUUCCAGUAGUAGUUGAGCACGCCUUUUACUGUGAACAUUUAUAUGAUCCUGGCACUGGAGCUCUCAAGCAGCUACCGACCAAUGUUAAGCUCACCCUGGCAAGGAAGGCGCCUGCUUCGAGAAAGAAUAAAGGGAAGCAGAUUUGUGACGAUGAGCAAGCCGGUUCUGAUAAACACAAGGAUGAAACACCAGAGAACUGUCUUGCAACCCUUGAUAUUUUUGCUGGCUGUGGAGGUUUGUCUGAAGGGCUGCACCUAGCUGGCGCUUCACGUACAAAAUGGGCAAUCGAAUAUGAAGAACCUGCUGGGCAAGCAUUUCUUCAAAAUCAUCCUGAAGCAGCAGUGUUUGUGGAGAACUGCAAUGUAAUUCUGAAGGCGAUAAUGGAUAAGUGUGGCGAUGUUGAUGACUGCCUCUCCACUUCCGAGGCUUCUGCGAGAGCAGCAAAACUUCCAGAUGAGAAGGUUAAGAAUCUCCCUAUGCCCGGUGAAGUAGAAUUCAUCAAUGGUGGUCCUCCAUGCCAGGGGUUCUCCUGGAUGAACAGAUUCAAGCAGAGCCCAUGGAGCAAGGUUCAGUGCGAGAUGAUUCUGGCAUUCCUGUCCUUCGCAGAGUAUUUCCGGCCAAGGUUCUUCCUUUUGGAAAACGUCAGGAACUUUGUUUCAUUUAAGAUGGGCCAGACCUUCAGACUGACACUAGCAUCGCUCCAGGAGGUGGGGUACCAGGUUCGAUUCUGCAUUCUAGAGGCAGGUGCCUAUGGCGUCGCGCAGUCCAGGAAAAGGGCGUUCAUGUAGGCCACCGCGCCUGAGACUCUUCCUGACUGGCCUGAACCAAUGCAUGUCUUCGCUAGCCCUGAGCUGAAAAUAAACCUGCCAGGAGGUAAAUACUAUGCUGCUGCCAGGAGCACAGCUGGAGGAGCUCCUUUCCGCUCUAUAACAGUCAGGGAUACAAUCGGCGAUCUACCACCGGUGGUGAAUGGCGCCAGCAACCCAACAAUAGAGUACGGAGGCGAGCCCAUCUCCUGGUUCCAGAAGAAGAUUCGAGGCGAUACGCUUUCGCUGAGUGACCACAUAUCCAAAAAGAUGAACGAGGUGAAUCUCAUUAGGUGCAAGCACAUCCCAAAGCGCCCUGGCUGUGAUUGGCAUGACCUGCCAGAUGAGAAGGUGAAGCUAUCCACAGGGAAAACGGUGGAUCUGAUCCCUAAGUACUUGCUCAACACAGCCAAGAGGAACAAUCAGUGGAAAGGCCUGUAUGGGAGGCUGGACUGGGAGGGCAACUUCCCCACAUCAGGGACAUAUCCCCAGCCAAUGGGCAGGGUCGGCAUGUGCUUCCACCCUGAUCAGGACAGGAUCAUCACUGUUCGUGAAUGUGCGCGAUCCCAGGGCUUCCCUGAUGGCUACCAUUUCGUUGGCAACAUCCGGAGCAAGCACAGGCAGAUCGGGAAUGCGGUACCACCUCCCCUUGCAUACGCGCUAGGGAGGAAGCUCAAGCAAGCCAUCGAUGCCAAGCCGCUUAAGUUAACUGAAGACAUGGUCCAAGUGGGACUUAAUUUAUCACUGGGCCCUAUAUAA